CCGCAUGGGGGUUUAUUUUGAGGAAGUUCAUUGAUGAUGGUCCUGCAAAAAUAGAGGGUGAAACUUAUUGAACGUCUCUGUUUGGAGGACAAGAGCUGGCCGGCCCUACUCACACACAGGCUCACAGCCACAGAUCUUUUUCAGGAUGUUACUCAAAAUACUGCUGGGCUUCCUUUGUGGUCUCAGCUCAUUGGCUGAAGCGAGGGACACGAGCCAGCGGCCUCCACCACUGCUUAUCGUGUCAUUCGAUGGCUUCCGCGCCGACUAUCUGCAGAAGUUUCCCAUGCCGAACCUGAAGCUCCUCUACAGCCAGGGGGUCCUGGUGGAGCACCUCAACAACGUCUUCAUCACCAAGACUUUUCCUAACCACUACAGCCUGGUGACGGGGCUGUACGCCGAGUCUCACGGCAUUCUGGCCAGCGCCAUGUACGACCCGGCCAGCCACAAGCCCUUCAGGGCGGGCCGCGACAAAGACCCAACUUGGUGGAACCUGGCAGAGCCCCUCUGGAAUACGGCACAAGACUCAGGCUACAAGACGGCGGCGGUGAUGUGGCCUGGCUCGGAUGUGACCAUCAGGAACCGCACUGCAACACACUUCUUUCGCUACAACUCUUCCAUGACGUUCCAGGAGCGGCUGGGGAAUGUGGUGAACUGGAUGCAGGGGAAUAGGACGAAUGAAACAGUGAUGUUUGCUGCACUCUACUGGGAGGAGCCGGACCGGUCGGGUCACAUAUUUGGUCCCGACAACAUGACCGCCAUGGGCAAGGUUCUGAAAGAGGUGGACGACAACAUCGGCCUGCUUGUGUCGGAGCUGAGGCGGGCCAAUCUUUGGGGUCGCGUUAACUUGCUGGUAACCAGCGACCACGGCAUGGCGCAGUGCUCAGCCGAGCGCCUCAUACGACUGGACGACUGCCUCAACUCCAGCAGCUACACGCUGGUGGACCUGACGCCUGUCACAGCGCUCAUCCCAAAGCAAGACCCAGAGGCCACCUUCUCCCUGCUGAACAAAUGCCAUCAGCACAUGACAGCCUACCUGAAGAAGAACAUCCCUGAGAGGCUGCACUACCGGAACAACAGGCUCACCCAGCCAAUCAUAUUGAUGGCUGACGAGGGCUGGACCAUCGUGCAGAGCGGGAACAAGCUGCCCAGACUGGGCGAUCAUGGCUACGACAACUCCCUACCCAGCAUGCACCCGUUACUGGCGGCAGCGGGGCCCAGCUUCCGUCAGGGUUACCGCACCAGGGAGUUACAGAGCGUGGACAUCUACCCGCUGAUGUGCCACCUGCUCUCCGUGACCCCCCGGCCCAACAACGGCUCCCUGGCCCACUCUCGGUGCUUGCUGGCCGGGGAGACGUGCAUGGAGCCCGCCCUGGUGGCCGGCCUGGUGGUGAUCGUCUUGGUGGUGCUCACCGUAAUCACCGUUCUGUUUAGGCUGCUGAGGUCCCGGCGCCCGGCGGGCCCGCGGCCCUUCAGGAGGCUGCAGCUGGACGACGACGACGACGACGAACCCCUUUUGGAGUAAACCAAUCAGAGGCAGCCGUCAUGUGCCAGUAUCCAAUCACAUCCUCCCUAUUUUGGUUUGUUCAUUUUUUUGUACUGUACGUCACUGGAAUAAUGAUCAGGCCGGUCACCCUUUCAGACUUUUGUAUGUGAAGAGUCAUCGUCAGUGAUGAUGAUGAUGAUGAUGGCGUUACUGAAUGCUUUAACAGAUACUUGAGAUGUUGCACUUUAAUCAGCUGAUCAUCCCUCUAAAACCUUUUGGUGUGUGUGUGAGAGUGUGUGUUUGUGUGCACGUUGCUCCAUAAGCCAUGUGGAACUGCGGCUCACAAAGCAAAAACAGCCACAGGCGUUUCUGAAUAUUACAUUUGUCAUUAAUUCUGAAAACUGUUACUGGUUGUGAAAUUCCCUUUCAAGAGGGAUGACUUGAGCGUGCGACGAGAAACCACAAAUGUUUUUGUUUUGUGGAGAGGAAUAUGUUUUGAGUAAUCAUUGAACAUUGAAUGUUCAAACCACUCAUUUAAGACCUGAAGGUCCUUUGGGAAUUGGAUUAUGAAAAGAAGUUUCUGUUGUGUGUUAUUUAAACUGUAUUUGUUGUCCUACUGAUUUGACUUUUGCGUCAGCUCGGUGGGUUGAUGAGUCAUUCAGUUUUAGAAUUUUAUUGCACCUCAUUGAGAUUCUGUUUAUUCUCCAGAUUUCUUUGUGUGUUUCUGCUCUUGUUUAUUUCUUGCACUGAUAUUUCACUUUGGUAUGACGUUUUUGUCUCUCAGCUAAAUGUCUGUGUAGAGGCACCUGGUGUGAGCUCACUGGCAUCGGCAGCCUCAUAUUUAACUUUCUAAUGUUUGAAUUCACUUGAUUUUAUGUCUGAGCCUUCUUUGUAAAUAAUUGCAAACAUAAGAAUUGUUAAAUGUAAAUUCCGUUGACCCAUUUUUACUAAUUCAGCCUAAUUCACAUACUUCACAUACUACAAAGCUGCUGAUAUUGGAACACUGAGAGCCAUAAAUGUCAUAGCAAGGUGAAAUAAUGGUUUGAUGAAUGUUACUUCUACUUAAAAUUGAUCUGUACGUGUGAGUGGGUGGGCCAUUUAUCCAAUCAAUGCUUCUGUGUGUCAUUUAUACCAAAGAUAAUCGUUUAUGUACGCCCACAUGAUUUGCAGAAACAGUCUGUUGCGGUGUCAGAUGUGGGUAAAUCAUUCUAAAUGGACCAAACAUUCAAAAUCACCGGUGUGGUCCUUUUAAAGAUCCAUGAACUGUUACACCACAAAAUAAACAUGAAAGGACUUCAAAACCAAUGAAAUGAAACAGCCUUUGCAACAGCAAUACACCGUCACGAUUAAUAAUAACAGCAUGACAAUAAAAUUUUUAGCUGUUUGGGAAAAGGGUGAGGAGGAGAGGCGAUGCUGUAUCAGCCAUGUUUGUUACAAUUCAUUUUUAUUUCUUUUUUAGACGAGGUGGAUUGUGACCCGCCAUAUGAGAACCACUGUUUUAAUCUCCAGGCCAUCUGGCCACUGUUACUGUUGGUGGGAGCAGGUAGAGGUUGAGUGCCUUGCCCAGGGGCACAUUGAUGGUGCAUUCUCCCAGCUGCUCUGUGUGCUUGAGUGGGCCACCUCCUGCUCAUAAGGCUGCUUGUUUUACGUUGUGCUAUCACAGACAUUCUGUCUCUUCUUGCCUGUAUUUAGGAGUGUAUAUGUGUGAUGACCAAAAACAAAUGAGGCCACGGUGGAGACGACCGGGAGCUUCUAUCUCCCACCAGCGGCUUGUCGUCUUUCUCAAAACGCAGAACCACAUUUCAUGUAAACCCUGUUUCCCAGCGGCCUUUCACUUAAGUAAGGAGGCAUAGUGCAUUCAUAUUUCUGAUUCAACAAGAUAAUUCUCUUUUCACUGGAAAAAAUUCUGGAUUUCUCUCUAAUUUCUUUUUUUCUCUUGAAGUAACAUCAAUCAAUGAGAGAAAUACUGAGUAUUCUGUCACAGCUAUUCCAUUAAUUAAAAAAAAUUCAAAAAUUCAAAAAGAAUUUUUCUCAGAAUUCUGAUCGUUAUUUCAUCAAUUCAGAAAUGCAAGGCAGAUUUUUUUUCCAAUAAAGUUUUCUCAGACAUAAUUUAUGUUAUUAACUCAGAAAACUAGGGCAGAUUGUUUUCUCAGGUGAAUGCAUUACGCCUCCGUACUUCAGCUCUGUUUGUGCUGGAAAACAACCUUUUUUUGUGCCGUAAAGCAAUCCUGCUGAAUUUGACUUAAAAGCCGAUCGAAGCUGCUGGUCUUCCCUGUGAUUGCUCCAUUUGUUUGUGGUGAUGUCUUCUAAUUAAUAUGCAGAGUGUUUGCAGUUUAACUCCUUUGCACUAUGCUGUUGCCGUCACCUCCAGAAACACGGAGGAAAGCGACCCGUCCCUAUUUUUAGGCCAGAGACUAGAGAUGUGUUUGAGGCGCUCAGUGGAUGGAUAUUCAUUUUGAGGUUUCGUGUGUGUUAACAUGUUGUAUCAUCAUCGUUUUCCUCUGCGCGCGGUACUGUUUGCAGCCCUUGGCAGCGACUCCGGUGGAAAAACUCCCUUUGGUUCUAUGCAAAUCCUGCCGGGCCUGCGAGUUACCGAGCAAAUUCUGUGGAUUAAUGAGAUUUUUCAGAAUGAAUAAAAUGGAAUGAAAAUGAGAAUCAUGCACUGCUGCGUUGUUAUUCAAAGGAAUGUAAGCACCCCAGCAGUGACAGGGUAAUUAAACAUUAUUAAAGCACACAACGGCAAGGAGGGAGCGACACACAUUUGGAAAAAAAAUUAAUUUAUAUUCCUUUAUAUUUUUCUUCUUCAUUGCAGUCACAACAUUACAAUGUAAUAAAAUGGUAAAUAUAUAAAAUCCAACUCAGUACUGACGCAUAUACAUUUCUUUUUCUGGUUGAAAAUCAAAUGAACUGUACAUGUUCUCAUUUAUAUCUGUUUUACAUCAUUAAAAUCUGUCAUAAUUUUUUAUGUAGUCAUCUGUAUUAUUGUAAAUCUCUGUCUCUUCACAGAUAAAUAGACUUUAUUUCCAGGAGGUAUUGUAACAAAAAUAACAUUUCCUAAUGCUGGCCGUGUAGAGCCAUUGAAAAUAUCAUUCAGCUUUUUCCCCCAAAAUGCUUAACACUAUUAUAGA